CCGUCUCUGCGUGUCUCCGAGACUCCCCGCCCCCCAGAUCUUGCCCCGCCCCAGGCUGGUCUGGGAAGUGGCGGAUCCGGUUUGUCCGGGGCGUGUCUGGAACCGGAGUUGGUAGAGGGGAUGUAAGGAGGCGGAUAGGUUGCGGCGGCUGCGGCAGCAUGGUGGGCUCGGAGAAGGAGCAGAGCUGGAUCCCCAAGAUCUUCAGAAAGAAGACGUGCACGACGUUCAUCGUGGACCCCACAGAUCCGGGGGGGACCUUGUGCCAGUGUGGGUGUCCCCGGAGUACGCACCCAUCAGUGGCUGUGGAGGAUGCGUUUGGGGCAGCUGUGGUGACCGUGUGGGACAGUGACUUGCACACCACGGAAAAGCCAACCGAUGCCUACGGGGACCUGGACUUCUUGGGCGCCAGCCACAAGGCCAGCAAUUUCCUCCGGCUCUCUGACCGAACGGAUCCAGCUACAAUUUAUAGUCUGGUCACGCGCACAUGGGGCUUCCGGGCCCCAAACCUGGUGGUGUCAGUGUUGGGGGGAUCGGGGGGCCCCACCCUCCAGACCUGGCUGCAGGACCUGCUGCGACGAGGGCUGGUGCGGGCUGCCCAGAGCACAGGGGCCUGGAUUGUCACCGGGGGGCUGCACACUGGCAUUGGCCGGCAUGUUGGUGUGGCUGUGCGGGACCACCAGAUGGCCAGCAUUGGGGGCAGCAAGGUGGUGGCCAUGGGCGUGGCCCCCUGGGGUGUAGUUCAUAAUAGAGAGAACCUCAUCAACCCCAAGGGAUCGUUCCCUGCAAGGUACCGGUGGCGCGGUGACCCCAAGGACGGGGUCCAGUUUCCCUUGGACUACAACUACUCAGCCUUCUUUCUGGUGGACGAUGGCACGCACGGCCGCCUGGGCGGGGAGAACCGUUUCCGCCUGCGCUUCGAGUCCUACAUUGCCCAGCAGAAGACGGGCCUGGGAGGGACUGGAAUUGACAUCCCUGUCCUCCUCCUCCUGAUCGAGGGUGAUGAGAAGAUGCUGAAGCGGAUAGAGAAUGCCACUCAGGCCCAGCUCCCCUGCCUCCUGGUGGCUGGCUCUGGGGGAGCUGCAGACUGCCUGGCAGAGAUCCUGGAAGACACUCUGGCUCCAGGGAGUGGAGGGGGCAGGAGACGUGAAGUUCGAGAUUGGAUUAAGCGUUUCUUCCCCAAAGGGGACCCUGAGGUUCUGCAGGCCCAGGUGGAGAAAAUCAUGACCCGGAAGGAGCUGCUAACAGUCUAUUCCACUGAAGAUGGCCCUGAGGAAUUUGAGACCAUUGUUUUGAAGGCCCUUGUCAAGGCCUGUGGGAGCUCUGAGGCCUCAGCUUACCUGGACGAGUUGCGUUUGGCUGUGGCUUGGAACCGCGUGGACAUUGCCCAGAGUGAACUCUUCCGGGGGGACAUCCAAUGGAGGUCCUUCCACCUGGAGGCCUCCCUCAUGGACGCCCUCCUGAAUGACCAGCCGGAGUUCGUGCGCUUGCUCAUCUCCCAUGGCCUCAGCCUGGGCCACUUCCUGACUCCGACGCGCGUGGCCCAGCUCUACAGCGCGGCGCCGCCCAACUCGCUCAUCCGCAGCCUUCUGGACCAGGCGUCCCACUCCCACGGCGGGAACACCAAAACCUCGGCGCUUAAAUCUUCUGGGGAGCCCCAACCCCCUAACGUGGGGCGGGUGCUGCGGAUGCUGCUGGGGGAGGCGUGCGCGCCAAAGUACCACGCCGGAGGCGCCGGGGAUCCCUACCCAGACCAUGGCUACCUGGAGAGCACUGGCCUGCUUCUGGACUCUGCCACGCCAGAAUUCACGCUGAGCACUGUCCUCGGGCAGGCGCCCUGGAGUGACCUGCUCCUCUGGGCUCUGCUACUGAACAGGGCUCAGAUGGCGGUGUACUUCUGGGAGAUGGGCUCCAAUGCUGUGGCCUCGGCUCUUGGGGCCUGUUUGUUGCUCCGAGUGCUGGCGCGCCUGGAGACUGAGGCUGAGGAGGCAGCACGGAGGAAGGAACUGGCGGCCAAGUUUGAGGGGCUGUGUGUUGACCUCUUUGGCGAGUGCUACCGCAGUAGUGAGGAACGGGCCGCUCGCCUGCUCCUCCGACGCUGCCCGCUCUGGGGGGAUGCCACUUGCUUCCAGCUUGCCAUGCAGGCUGACGCCCGUGCCUUCUUUGCCCAGGAUGGGAUACAGUCUCUGCUGACACAGAAGUGGUGGGGGGAGAUGGACAGCACCACGCCUAUCUGGGCCCUGGUUCUCGCCUUCUUUUGCCCCCCACUCAUCUACACCAACCUCAUCAACUUCAGAAAGUCAGAUGAGGAGUCCACACAGAAGGACCUGAUGUUUGACAUGGAUACAGACGUCAAUGGGGAAGGGCCUGCUGGGCCGGCAGACCCCCCUGAGAAGACGCCCUCGGAGGUGCUGAAGCAGCCCGGCCACCGGGGCUGCUGCGGGGGGUGCCCCCCGCGCCUGCGCCGCUGGCCCCAGUUCUGGAGGGCGCCGGUGACGGCCUUCAUGGGCAACGUGGUGAGCUACCUGUUCUUCCUGCUGCUCUUCGCCCGCGUGCUGCUCAUCGACUUCCACCCCGAGCCGCCCGGGCUCCUGGAGCUGCUGCUCUACUUCUGGGCCUUCACCCUGCUCUGCGAGGAGUUCCGGCAGAGCCUGGGCAGCGGCUGGGGCGGCCCGGCCACGGGGGGCUCCGGGCCGGGCCCCCGGCGCGCGCUGCUGCGCCGCCGGCUGCAGCUGUACCUCUCGGACGCCUGGAACCAGUGCGACCUGCUGGCCCUUACCUGCUUCCUGCUGGGCGUGGGCUGCCGGUUGACCCCAGGCCUGUAUGACCUGGCCCGCACUGUCCUCUGCCUCGACUACAUGCACAGCCACACCUUUGGCAAAGUACAGGGCAACAGUGACCUCUACUGGAAGGCGCAGCGCUACAGCCUCAUCCGGGAAUUUCACUCUCGUCCUGCGCUGGCCCCGCCCCUUAUCAUCAUCUCGCACGUGCACCUCCUCCUCCGGCGAUUGGGCAGGAGCCGGGCCAGCUUGCCGUCAUCCCCGGUCUUCGAGCGGGUCCGCCUCUCGAAGGAAGCUGAGCGGAAGCUGCUGACGUGGGAGUCGGUGCAGAAGGAGAAUUUCCUGCUGGCGCGCGCGCGGAACAUGCGGGAGAGCGACUCCGAGCGCCUGAAGCGCACGUCGCAGAAGGUGGACACGGCGUUGAAGAAGCUGAGACAGAUCCGCGAGUACGAGCAGCGUCUGAAGGGCUUGGAACAGGAGGUCCAGUACUGCAGCCGUGUCCUGGGCUGGAUGGCCGAAGCCAUGAGCCGCUCUGCGUUGCUUCCCCCAGGGGGGCCACCACCCCCGUCCCCGCUUGCGCCCAAAGACUGAGCCCUGCUGGCGGACUUCAAGGAGUAGCCCUCAUAGGGAGCUUUUGCUCCCGGAGUAAGGCCCAGCUGGUCCUCGACUCCCGCAGCUGGCAGCCUUUCCCUUGAGGUAGGCCCCAUGCCCCUGGACCACUACCUGGGCUGCUGUCGGGACCACUGCCGGGAGUGUCAUCCAUGUCAGCCACAGCAGGCCCGCUCCUCCAGGAACCAGCCCCCUUUGGGAAGACCAGCCUCUGGAGCCCUGGCGUUGCCCCUCUGAAAGCCCUGCCACAGCCUGGUGGGCGGGAGAAGGCUGCAGGGCCCUGGGGAUACAGGGCCCCAGACCCCAUUCACAGCUCCCCACACUGGGGAAAUAAAGCCAUUUGAGAGGA